AUGACUCCAGCCACUUGCCAGUGUGUGUCUAAAUUAGAAUUUAAGCUCUCUGGGGAAAUAAGAUUGCCAAGAAUAAAAUAUAAGCCGUCCUCAGACAGUGCUUGUUUUAAUGUACAUGACUUCUUACUAGUGAAGCAGACGAUUGUCCUAGACAAACCAUUUCCAUCAUCCCUAAACACCAUCAACUCCAGGAUAUAUGUUGGAAGCAGAAGGCGGCGUAAAGGAUUUUUUUCUGGCUUGUUGAGGCAACUUGUUCUUCUGCCAGGAUCUGAUGCAACAUCUACUAUAUGUCCGAAUGUCAGACCAAGGCUUGCAGAGCUGUCCAUUCCCGAGGUGCUGAAAGAGCUACCACUUAGGACUGAAGGAAGUGAAAUUCAACUGAUGUACCCGUAUGAAGCUGAUAUGAAGGUGACCUUGGGUCCAAAGCCCCCAUGUUCAGAUAAUGAAAUUUCCCAAUUCUGGAUGGAUACAUCUCUCAAGGGUCUCUUCCUCUGUAAUGGCAUUGAAUGGAUUCCUGUACUUGAAAGAAAGGAGAAGCUUGACUAUGUGGAGGACUAUCAGAACCUUGCCACUGCUUCAGAAUCGAUGGGGUUGGAGAUCUUCUUUAUCCCAAAUGUGGGUUAUUUUGCUGUAAUGGCUAACAAGAACAACCAGCCUGGCUCAGCCCUGUACAAGUGGAUCAACGGAAAAUUUAUAAUUCACCAGUACUUUUCUACCUACCAAGCCCAAGCCUGGAAGCACUUCACAAUAGAAAAAAGGAUAUUUUUAGCCUUGGCGAACUUUGAAAAGAAUGAAGAUGGGAAGGAGCUGUCAGUCAUUUACAAAUGGAACCCAAAGAAAAUGAAAUUUCUUCGGUAUCAGACAAUACCCACAUACAGUGCCCGUGACUGGGAGGCCUUUCACAUAGAUGGAGAUACUUUCUUAGCUGUUGCCAAUCACAGGGAAGGCAACGACCACAAUAUCAACAGUGUUAUAUAUAAGUGGAACUCAAGGAAUGGCCUAUUUGAGGUCAAUCAGACCAUCCCUACCUCAGGGGCUUAUGACUGGGAAUUCUUCAGUGUUGGGCCCUAUUCCUUUUUGGUUGUAGCAAACACAUUUAAUGGCACAUCCACCAACAUCCAAUCUCACAUCUACAUCUGGCUGGGGGGCACCUUCAGACCCUUUCAGUCCAUAAUG